AUGGAUAUCGGAGUCAAGUGUCUAGGUACGCAUCCACGGAAAACGGAGAAACAAAACGCAGGACGCAAAAGCGAGACGAUAGAAGUGUCGAUUUGCUGUGCGCCGAAGAGGAGUUUUAUGGUCGUGUUGUAGUGAGUGUGAAAUUCUGACUGUCGACGUGAUCGCCAUGCCGAUCGGAUAGCUCACAAUUACACUUAAGACUUACCUAAUUUGCUUAAACUCUUAUUAUACUCCUCUAAUAACACCGUCAAAAUUUCACACGGCGAUUACAACAUAGUAGCUGACAUGGAUGGCGUUAUUGUGGUACCGCGGGGAGCCGGCGCAAAUUUGUGAAAUAAGGUGAAGUUUACAUCUUUGCGGCUGUCGCACUGGCUCUAUUUUCCGAAAAAGAAACACAACGACACUAUGGCAAAACUUGGAGAUCAACAUAAAUUUUUUUAAAAUUCUACUCCCUCUCUUGUUAGGAGAGAUGCACAGAGAUAAAACAAGAACAACCUUCCAACGCCCAGUGUGGCCAUUUUUCAACAGAU